AUGGGGUUGAGAAGGGGACUGUGGAACUAUCGCAGCAUCGCCCUGAUUAUCCUUGCACCGCUGCUGCUGCUUCCUCUUCCUCUAGUCAUCGGGACGAAGGAGGCAGAAUGUGCCUUUGUGUUGCUGCUGAUGGCGACAUACUGGAUGACAGAGGUGAUUCCUCUGCCCAUGACCGCCAUGCUUCCCGCCAUCCUCUUCCCCACCUUUGGCAUCAUUAAGUCCUCACAUGUGGCGAAGGAGUACUUUAAAGACUUCCACUUCUUGCUGGUGGGCGUCAUCUGCCUCGCCACGUCCAUUGAGAAAUGGGGUCUCCACCGCCGAGUCGCCCUGAGGCUCGUCACCAUGGUGGGAGUCAACCCUGCAUGGUUGAUGUUGGGCUUCAUGUCCGGCUGCGCAUUCAUCUCCAUGUGGGUCCAAAACACCUCGGCUGUUGCCAUGGUGAUGCCCAUCGUGGAGGCUGUUCUCCAGCAGAUCCUGAAGGCCAAGGAGGAGGGAUGUGUCAGCGAAGACAACCCCGGCCUGCAGCUGGACGAAACUGACUGCCAUUUUGAAAAGAUGAAAGAAGCUGCGAGUGACCAGAAGCGUCCAGAUGUUCCUGAAGACACUUGUGUUCAGAUACAGACACCGUCGCAGUCUGUUGCAGCGCAGCCGGGAGCUCUCAGCAGGUGUAAACAGGACCUGAUGAUGUGUAAAGCCAUGUGCCUCGGCAUCGCCUACUCCUCCAACAUCGGAGGCAUCUCCACACUGCCCGGCACCUCGCCCAACCUCAUCUUCUCCGAGUACCUCAACCAGGUUUACCCGAACUGCAACUGCAUUAACUUUGCGAACUGGCUGGUGUUGUGCCUGCCCAUCAGUGUCAUCAUGCUGCUGCUGACAUGGAUAUGGCUGUACUGGCUCUUCUUUGGCUCAGACUUCAGGUUCCUGUGUCAACGUGGAGGAGAGCAGUCUCAGAAAGAGGCAGCAGCAAGAAAAGUGAUUGAAGAAGAGUACAGGUCGCUGGGACCCAUGAGCUCUCAGGAGAUCGUCACUGCGGUGGUUUUCUUGACGAUGGUGUUGUUGUGGUUGACCAGAUCUCCAGGUUUCAUGCCAGGCUGGGCUUCUCUCUUCCCUCAUCACACAGGCUACAUCACUGACGCGACUGUGGCUCUGCUGCUGGGCCUCCUCCUCUUCAUCAUACCCGCCUACGGACCUUCCAGACAAUAUGAGGCCAUGAUCUCCUGGGAUAAUUUCCAGGCCUUAAUGCCGUGGAAAGUGGCGCUGCUGGUCGGCGGAGGCUUUGCACUCGCUGAAGGCACAAAGGAGUCGGGCCUGUCUUUGUGGGUGGCCGAGCUUCUGACACCUCUGGGUGAACUGCCAGUCUUGGCCACGAUCGCGAUCGCCUGCAUCAUCGUCACCACAGUAACAGAGUUCGCCAGCAACGCCGCCACCAUCACCAUCUUCCUCCCCAUCCUCUCUCCUCUGGCUGAGGCCAUCCAUGUCAACCCGCUGUACGUCCUGAUCCCCACCACCCUCUGCACAUCCUACUCCUUCCUCCUGCCGGUGUCCAACCCGCCCAACGCCAUCGUGUUCGGCUACGGACACAUCACCGUCAUGGACAUGGUGAAGGCGGGGCUUGGCGUCAACGUGAUCGGCGUCCUUGCCACCCUGUUGGCCGUGACGACGUGGGGAGUGCCGUUAUUCUCCCUGAAUACGUACCCUGACUGGGCGCCGCUCCUCCCCGAGUUCAACUCCACUGCACCCUGA